GCUUUAAUCAUUGUGACUCUGAGGAUUGUCAACUUCUCCUAGGGCAGAUUACCCCCCAGUGCGCCAAACGCCAUAGCUUGCUAGUUAAGCUACGGAAUCGAGUGAUUCAACUUUCAGAGGAAAGCUGACGCUGCAAUCUACAACAUAUCUGAUUUUCAGAUCGUUUCAUCGAUUGGAGUUUUGGAUAUAGCUUUUCGAAGGUCGCGAGUUUUCUGGGCGUCAUAACGAAGUGCUGCAUAAAUUUCCAAGGAGCCAUUGAAUCAUCUGCUUAUAGCCUUCUCUAAGCAACAAGUGGUAUCAGAGCCCAUUAUCACGCAUUUGGGACCUAAAAUACGAUGGGAGAUAAGGAGGACUCUGGUGGAGGUGAUACUUCAGUCCAAGGAGGCAGCUCAACCCAAGAUUCUGGCAUUGCAGCGCAAAGGGGAGCGCAUACAAGCCAGGGGUCACUGCUUAAGGAGGUGCUGAAGUGCUUCACCAUUGAGAAAUUCUCUGGAGAUGGCUAUGACGAUUGGGCAUGGAAGAUGCAGCUCUACUUUCGACAAAUUGGCCUCUUGAAGCUCAUGAUUGGAACGGAGCCAAGGCCAAAGGAAAUGGCAGAGCAAGUGGACUGGAUGAACGUUCAUCUGCUGGGUAUUAUCUACUGUCACAAAGCUUGGAGCUGAACCAGAGGCAUCACAUCAUGCAU